UUCUUCCUGUCAGAGAGCAUAGAUAUCAGCUUCUUAGCGGAAAUGGCGGAGCAGUGGAGAAACCUAAAAUUUCCCAUUCCACCUUUGCCAACCACUGCCUACACAUCCAAAACUACCAAGAAGAGGAAAACAGAAACGGAAAAAGACGUUCGGAAAAAAGAAAUUGACCGAGCGCGGAAUAAAACUCGUGUCAACAUUGGAGUAGCAUUUGAGAGGUGGAGGGAACUACGGGACCUCAAAGGCUUCAAGAUAGAUGCAGACUUGGCCAUAUUUCUUCUGGACAGUUACCAGGCAAGUUCUCUAGCUGUGACAUCGACUCCAUCAAAACGCAUGAGAACAACACAGUUGAUGCCAGCAUUUUCAACAAUUGUUGGAGAGUCCCUGUCUGAUAGAGAGGAUGACUUUUCUGGAGAGGGAUUGCUUUUCAGUGAAGUGGAUGACAAUGCCAUCCAUACUUUAGAAGAAAGCAUGUCAUCGCUGGACUUGCAAGAUGACAUUGAUGAGAAUGCUUUCAAUAACAUUGAAAACUCAUUCAUUGAUUGGGCAGAGGACGAGACCUGGUCUCCAGGUGAGGAGUCAGAUGUCUCAACAUCAGAGGGUGAGACAAUAGAGGAGAGUGAUGAUGACGACGAUGAUGAAGAUUAUGUUCCUCCUUUCUGUGUACGUGCUGGUGGAGCCUUUGCCACUAAAAUAUGCCUGGAAGAUCUUCAGACCAUCAGCAUGGAGGACACUGUACAUGAUUCUUCAGACAUCGAAACAUCUAAACCACCGCCAGUGCCUGGAGCAGUUCAGGUUGACAAAGAGGAUAUCAUCGUCGGUCAACGAGCAUCCAUAGCCUACCAUGUUUGUUUAAAACAGCUUGCGGAAUAUCUCUUGCUACCAAUUUCACUCUGUCCAAAGAAAGACCCUCUGACGUCUUUGGAAUGUGGUGCUCCUGGACCAUUCCAUAUCCAGUGCAAGGAGAGGGGUACAGCGGUCAUCCUAGAAUGGAUCUGUCCAAACAAUCACUGUGUCUGGCAAUGGAACUCACAGCCUACAUUCAAGUUUGGGAUGCAAGCUGGGGACUUCAUGUUGGCCACCAACAUUCUCUUGUCCGGGAACAAUUAUGCGAAGAUUGCGCUUUUGUUCAGAUUCUUGAACAUGGGCAUAGUAGAGCGGUCCAACUUCUUCCGCAUACAAGAUGCAUACUGCCCUGAAAUCAUCAAAGACUUCUGGCACGACAAGCGGGCAGAGGUUAUAUCCAGGCUGCAGUCAAAGGACAGUGUUGUAGUUUUGGCUGACGGUCGCAUGGACAGCCCUGGAUUCUGUGCCCAGUACUGCACGUAUACAGUCAUGGAAAAUGACACCAAGGAGAUUGUAUCUGUUGUCAACAUCGACAAGCGUGAGACGCAGAGGACAUCUGUAAUAAUGGAGAAGGAAGGCUUCAUCCGAAGUUUUGAAACACUCUGCCAGGAAGUCAAACUAGCUGAAGUUUGUACUGAUGCCCACACACAGAUAUCGGCUCUUUUCAAUCCAAACCGGGGGAAGUUCAAAGACAGUGGAGUGCUGCACACUCUGGACAUGUGGCAUGGGUCAAAAAACCUUGGGAAGAAGAUCCAUGCUGCAGGUCAGCUCAAGGGGUGUUCUAUCCUUCUGCAAUGGAGCAAGGACAUCUGCAACCAUUUUUGGUUCUGCUGCAAAACAGCUGACAGUUAUCAGAAAUUCUUUGACAUGUGGAUCGGCCUUUUGCACCAUGUGACUGGAGAACAUGAGUGGGCCCUGGAUGCCUGUCAGCACGGCCCCUUGGACGAUGAAAGGGAUAAAGAAUGGAUCCAGAAGGGGUCUGUGGCGCACAAGGCUUUAUCAGAAAUCAUUCUGAAUGAACGCUGGCUCCACCAGGUUCCAAAGUACCUGCACUUCAGGUCAACUGCUGAGUUGGAGUCUUAUCACAACCACAUCUUGAUGUACGCCAGCAAGCGCUUCAGUUUCAGCCCUCCAGUGUACGAAGCCAGAAUAUUGCUCGCAGCCCUGGACUACAACCACCAUGUCCACAGGCAACCCAAGAGAAGGCGUGAUGGCUCACUGGAAUACCGCAAAGUUUUCAACAAGAAGUCCAGGAAGUGGAGUUUGUAUGCUGUGAAAGAGGACAAGGACUACAGCUACAUUCAAGACCUUCAGAGGGCUGUUGUCAGAAAACGGGUGUCAUCAGGACAUGGUCUACCGCGAGUAUCCCAAAAGAGGCCGGACGACCCUCGGCAGCACGGAGUACUGUCUGGUGUCCCAGCUCCAAGUAUUCAGGAGCUAUUGGAGAAGCAAGUCAGGCGGGGCCUUGGUACCACAUUGCCACAGACGUAGAGGAAUGGAAGGCUUUACACAGGACUAGUGCACCUUAUUUUGCAUUUUCCCCAAUAAAUGUUAUUGUAUUUAAAACUUGUUUA